GUGGAUGCUGACUAAUCACCAUCUCCUCCUCUAUCAUUCACCGAUGGUGGACAUAACCAUUCGGAAGCGGCCACGCGCCGAAGCAGUCGUGACGCAACGAAAAUUCUUCAAAAAGACUGCCCGAGGGAAAGUCAUCAAAGUGCUCCGCGAGCGUUAUCUUCGCGACGACGUUGGAUGUGGAAUCGAAGGAUGCUCGGCUUGCGAGAACUCUACUGCAAAUCCUUUGCCACACCAAGGCGACACAAAACAUCCAGUCUACCCGUCCGGCCAUUUCAUCCUGCCCGACACGAACGUGUUCCUGUCCCAGAUGGAUCUCAUGGAAUCUGGGUUAUUCAAUCCUCCCAUUAUACUCCUGCAGACCGUUCUGGAAGAAGUGCGACAUCGGUCGAUUCCAUUAUACAACCGCCUGAAAGCGCUAGUGCGAAUGGAUGAUAAGAAAGUUUGGGUGUUCUACAACGAAUUCCGGUCAGAAACUGCCAUCGUGAGGGAAGAAAACGAAUCACCCAACGACAGAAACGACCGUGGUAUUCGAAAAGCUGCCGAAUGGUACAACGCGCACACCAACGUCUCUCGACCGGUUGUUCGCGGGAAACCAAAGCCUCAAAUACCGCAAGUCGUUCUGAUCACUGAAGACGCCGCCAAUCGCAAGAAGGCGCAGGACAGUGGGAUACCGGCCUCCUCUAUCCGCAAAUACAUCUCAGCUUUGCCUGAAUCAACGGCAGCACAGCUGCUCGACAUCUUAUCUUCAGCUGAUGAGAACCAAAUUGAACCUACGAGAGCAGCAGCUGGGAGACAGGCGCUGUACCCUGAGUAUUACCCGGAAUCAAUUAUUCAGGCUGGAAUAUCAACGGGGAAGCUUUUCAAAGGGCACUUCAUGGCUAAUGCCUACAACUAUCUGCAAGGCACUGUUUCUGUCCCGGACUACCCGAAGCCCGUUCUGCUGAUUGGUCGAGAACAUCUGAAUCGCGCUGUUCACGGCGAUAUCGUCGCCAUCGAAAUAUUCGAUGAGUCGAAGUGGGGCGUGGAAGGCGACGAAGUGGUCGACCAGGAGGCGACACUCAAAAACGACGACGGAGCGGACUCGGAUGACGAAGAGGAGGAAAACGAAGGAUUUCUUCGCGAGGAGGCGAAAGCUGUUCGUGCUGCUGAGGCCGCGGCGCAACAAAAGGAGAAGCAGCCCACUGGCCGUGUCGUCGGAAUCGUGAAACGGAAUUGGAAACCGAUUGUAUGCCAUAUCGAUGCGACGGCGUUGCCAAGCGGGGCUUCAACAAGCGCCACAAGUGCAAAGAGCCUGUCCACCCAAUCUCUGCUCGCCCAUCCGACAUCGACCCUUCUUCCUCGGAUCCGGAUCCGCACUCGCCAAGGACCUUCGCUAGUCAACAAGAAGAUUCUGGUCGCCAUCGACGGAUGGUCAGCUACCUCGCGAUAUCCGGAUGGGCAUUUCGUGCGCAUACUCGGUGUGGUCGGCGGUGAGGAUGCUGAACGUGAAGGCAUCAUGCUUGAGUUUGGAAUCAGCUACGGGGCAUUUGGCAGUGCUAUUCUGGGGUGUUUACCUCCAGAAGGUGACUCCUGGGUCGUUCCUCCGAAGAGUGAUGACGGUGCCUGGAAAGGGCGAGAAGAUCUUCGCGGCCUCACGAUUUGCAGCAUUGAUCCUCCCAACUGCCAAGAUAUUGAUGAUGCACUGCAUGCACGCCUUCUCCCGAAUGGAAACAUCGAAGCCGGAGUUCACAUUGCCGACGUGUCACAUUUUGUACAUGCCGACACCCCAAUGGACUCUGAAGCUGCCGCAAGGGGAACCACCGUAUACCUCGUCGAUAAGCGGAUCGACAUGUUGCCUGCACUGCUUGGCACCAAUCUAUGCUCUCUUCGGCCUUACGUGGAGCGGCUUGCCUUCUCUGCCAUCUGGGUUCGGAUCAUACAUUUUGACUCUUCUUUGGUUGACAUCUCCUUCCAGGAACUGUCGCCCGAUGCAGAGAUUGUCAACGUACGGUUCACAAAAUCAGUCAUCCAAUCCAAAGCUGCUUUCACGUAUGAGGAGGCGCAGAUCCGCAAGGACGAUCUUACCAAGCAAGAUGAACUGACCCAAGCAAUCCGGCUGCUGAACUCGAUGGCGCAGAAACUCAAAGCGGCUCGUAUGGCUGCCGGCGCAUUGAAUCUUGCUUCCCCUGAAGUUAAGAUCCACAUGGACAGUGCGGAAUCCAGCGAUCCAAUCGAUGUCGAGCAGAAGGAAAUGCGGGAAACCAAUUCUUUGGUGGAGGAGUUCAUGCUGCUCGCCAAUAUCAGCGUUGCAAGAAAGAUCUGGGAAGCGUUCCCCGGCACAGCUGUCUUGCGGCGGCACAUGCCUCCUCCCCGAGUCAACUUCGAUAAGCUGAAGGAUAUCUUGGCCAAGCGCAAGGGAAUGACGCUCGACGUCUCGAGCUCGGGGGCCCUGGCUGCGAGUCUCGACAAGUGUGUCGAUGCAAACGAGCCCGCAUUCAACACUCUCGUUCGAAUCAUGGCCACCCGCUGUAUGCUUCCUGCAGAGUACUUCUGCUCUGGGAGUGUGGGCCGAGAUACAUUCGGUCACUACGGAUUGGCCAGCCCCAUUUACACGCAUUUCACCAGUCCCAUUCGUCGCUAUGCUGAUGUUCUCGCGCAUAGACAACUCGCAGCUGCCAUCGACCACGCGCCUCUACAUGGGUCCCUCCAUUCCAAGCCGCAUGUCGAACGGAUCUUGGAGGUCGUGAAUCGGAGACAUCGCAUGGCUCAGAUGGCAGGGCGUGCCAGUGUCGAAUAUUACGUCGGUCUCGCGCUCAAGGGCAGGACCGAGAAAAAAGGAGGCGGUUCAGUUACUGAGGAAGCGUUUGUCAUUCGCACCUUCCGUAACGGGCUAGGCGUCUUCGUUUCCAAGCUCGGGAUCGAAGGACUGGUGAUGUUCAAGCGCGAUUUGACGCAGUUCGAUGCGGAGAACUACACCGUGACUAUCCCCGGCUCGUCUGGUGCGGUCAGCGGAGGCGAGGAUGUGACCAUCUCCGUAUUCGACAAGGUGGUUGUGAACAUUGAUGUGGAGAAGGACAAGAACACGCAGAAGAGUAAAGUGAGGAUGACGCUAGUGCAUCCUAUCGAUUCCGCAGCGUUGUAGAGUCGCAUAGGAUCUCAUGAUAGUGUAGAACAAAAUCCAAUUCAAGCGUAAGGAGCUGAUAGGACAAACCCAUACACCGCCGAAAGCGGUCCUGACUCCUGACUGACUGAGUGGCUCAAGACCAAUGGCAGCGGUGUCAUCCUUGGUGUUUA